AUGGGCAGAGCAAAAUCAAUUUCAUUUCGUCUCUUAGUGAAAAUGGACAAAUUCACAUUUCAAUUUUCCUUGCUCUUGUGUUUCCUCUUGUUUUCUCCAUGUCAAUCAAAUGCUGCUCCAAUUUCAAAACCCAACAACAAUAAUAAUGCCACCGCACUGCUUAACAAAGCUUGCUCACGGGCCAGCGAUAAACCUUUUUGCAUGAAUUAUCUCAAGAGCAAUCCAAAGGUUAUGGCAGCUACAACAUCAAAACCCUUAGACUUUGCACUUGCCAUUAUUCAGUCAGGAGCAGACCAAGCAAAAAUUACUCAUGCAUAUUUUUCCAAACCCAAAGGAACUAAACUCAGUCCACAAGCUAUUAAGGCUUAUAAUCAUUGCAAAAACCAUUGGAGUGAGUUGGCUAGCGGAUUGGAAAGAAGUGUCAAGAAUAUAACAGAUCAACAAGGCUAUGCUUAUGAUACAACAGAUUAUGAUCUUAAGGUGAAUCUUGACAAAGCAGCCAAUUGUGGAAGAGCGUUAGAGUCGGUGCGAAUUUACGAUCCUGUAUUUGCAGAAGCUAACAAAAAGGUGUCACUGGCCGUAAUGGGUGCAGACGCGAUUCUGGUUGAUGUUAAGCCUCCUAAAAAGCUGGACUAG